UUCUCAGUCAGCUCGCGCUGUCCGCUACAUCAGUUCAGGUGAUCGAGUUUCAUUUGAAUCACACGACCCCGCUUUUUUUUUUUUACUUUGUAAAACCUUCUAGGUGAAAGCGCACGACUCGGUUUUUGUGCUGACAUUCGCGAACAACCUCAGAAUAAUCUCAUAAUCCCCGUUUGCACACACAAGGGUGAAAACUGGGAACAUUAGAACUUCACGCGGAUCCUACUAUUGAGUAAGAAAGACAAGAGACAAAAAAGGCCUGUUUCUGUGGCGGAAAACAGGGACCUGGGGUUCAGAGGCACUGACGCACCUAAAGCGCAUUGUUAAACCGGACUGUAUCCGUACUGGCACGGUGGAAAGAGAGGAAAAGCAAAGUGUCAGUUGUGUAGCCGGAUCUCUUGAGCUAACAGUAACGACCAUCCGCAGUUUUUAUUCUGUAUCACCAUUUGACUUGACAAGUCCGCGAUCCAGGAUCAGCCUACAUCUGUUUUAGAUCACAGGGGCUUUGUGUCGGGUCGAGCGCAUAAGAACAAGUCGUACCGGAGUCUCUGCAAAGGCGCUUCAAAGUGUAUGGGGCUGAACUUAUUAUUCUGAAGUGCUCGCGCGUUUCUACAGGAUUUUCGGUUCACGGCUUGCACCAUGGCAAAGCAAGCCAGUUCAUGGAUACUCUUAGUGGUUCUUAUGAACACACCAGUGGGGAAUGGGCAGUCUGUGCAGAUGGACCCAGAAAUAUCUGGCUUUGUGGGUUCAACAGUGGAGCUGAGCUGCCGAUUCAUCAACAGCAAGCCCCCAGUGAAGAUCUCACAGGUCACUUGGCAGAAGUCCUUCAAUGGUACCAAGCAGAAUGUGGCCAUCGCCAACCCGGCUCUAGGUGUCUCUGUGCUGCCUGCUUUUAAAGACCGUGUUACCUUCAAGCACAUGGCCAUGCCACAGGCAAAUCCUUCACUUGAGGACACCACGAUUGUUCUCAGCAACCUGCGCCUUUCAGAUGAGGCUGCCUACAUCUGCGAGUAUACCACCUUCCCAGCAGGAAACAGGGAAAAUAUGGUCAAUCUCACUGUCUAUGCACGUCCCAUGACACAUAUGAUGCUUACAACUCCAAUCAUCAUCGCACGGGCCCAGAAGCACGUGAUGACCGUUGCCACAUGUCUGUCAGCAAAUGGAAAGCCACCUAGUGUUAUUAAGUGGGAUACCAAGCUAAAGGGCAAAGCAUCAUUCCAGGAGACACGCAACCCCAAUGGCACAGUCACCAUACGCAGCAACUAUGAGAUUGUGCCAAGUCGUGAGAGUCACCGCCAGAAACUCACAUGCAUUGUCACUUACAAUUCUGAGCACUUCAGCGAUAGCGUCAUCCUCAAUGUUCAGUAUGAACCUGAGGUAAAGAUUGAAGGUUUUGAUGGGAAUUGGUACUUGAACCGUCAGGACGUUAAACUCACCUGUGAAGCAGAUGCAAAUCCAGCUGUCACUAGCUACCAUUGGAAAUCAUUGAACGGAUCCCUGCCCAAAAAUGUGGAAAUCAGAAACAACACUCUAUUCUUCAGGGGGCCUGUGACAAGUGACUUCUCUGGCACAUACAUAUGUGAUGCCACCAACAGCAUCGGCACUCGGACUGGCCUAGUAGAGGUCAAUGUGACAGAAAUCCCCAAAAAUGAGAAUAACAGAGACGGCAAUAACCAGAAGUCAUCCAUUUCCAAUGCUGCCAUAUGGGGUGGUGUGGGUGGCCUGGUUGUGCUGAUCAUUGGCGUUGCGUUGCUCAUCUACUUUCUUCGGCGUCGACAGCGGACCUUCAAAGGCGACUACUCUACCAAGAAGCAUGUUUUUGGUAAUGGAUACAGUAAGGCAGGCUCUGUGUCUGCACAUCCCACUGUACCCAAGAACCUGCAAUACCCAGAUGACUCAGACGAUGAGAAGAAGGCCACACAGCUUGGGGGACCAGGGGCCUUUGAGAGCACAGAGCGUGAUUUUGAUGGUAACUCUGAAGACCUAAAGAGACCUUAUUUCCCUGUGGAUGAAGGUGAGAGCCGUGACUAUGAUGAGCGGACUCUAGCUUUCCAAUAUGAGCCAGAGUCUGAGAUUGCAGAUGACAUGGUAUCCCAAACUGAUGGCUCUGUCAUUUCAAAGAAAGAGUGGUAUGUGUAGUGUAGCAACAAAAAAUUUUCACCACACCACAUUCUACCCUUCAUUUCCAUCAUUAGAAGCCUUCUACCCAUCCUCGUCUUCAUUCCAUCCCUCACACCUUCAUGUGAGCAACCUCUGCCCUCAUCAGAACACAUUUAAUUGAACAUGAACCUGAAAAAAUGCUUUGACAAAUCAACUUCACAAUAUUUCCACACAUUAGUAGUUUAACGUGGUAUAGUGAAAAGAGGUGUGAUCUUCCAUUCAUCAAUAGCCAUUGACUCCUAAAGCUGUACAGGCCAGUUGCUUGAAACUUUCAUGGUGCAUUAUUAUUAAUAUAAUUUGUCUUAUUUUGUUGUUGUUACAAUCAAUGUAUUAAAUGUAUUAAAAUGAUACUUUGGUAAUGAAUGAGCUCUCAACCAUCUUGUGAAAGUCCAACACUGGAUGUAUUAUAAUUUGUUAUUUGUUUUUAUCUCAGUACCAUUGUGUUCAUAUAUGAUCUUUUUUUUAAUUGUCUUUCUUUUUUCUGGGCGUUGGUUUUCUGAAACCGAUAAGGUUAUCUAUAAAUGCAUAGUUAAUGUAGAUAGAUAAUGUGGUCAGUUGUUUCAGACUGAUAUUAAAUGAUACGGAUGAUAAUGAUAAGGAAUACGUUCACAUUUCUGAUGAAAUUCCAAAGACAAUUUAAAUUGAAUUUCUAAGCCUUUUCUCUGCCUUCUCAGAGAGAUAAUCAAUAAGUAAUGGUGAUUAACUGGCUUCUCACCUUGUGCUUCUGCAUCUGCAUUGUUCUCCAAUUACUUAUCUCUGGUGAUAUUAUUGGGUAUUAAAGUAUUUUAAUACUUUGACAAUGUACAUUUCACUACAUUACACUAGAUGAUUUAAAAUGUACUAUGGACUUUAUGGAGUAUAAUUUUUUUGUCUUUGUUUUUGGUGGAUCUUUAGUGACAUGGGGUAAUCAUUUGUAGAGAUGGAACAUGUUUGACACUGUACAUAUUAAAAUAGGGCUUAAUAUGUUAUGCUAACAUUUUGUGACAUGCAUUUAUAUGAUUGUACUCAUGACUACACAUAACUUCUGCUUGGUGGCCACAGUGACAUGGAAUGGGAAAGAUGAAAUUUUGCAAAUUCAGUUUGAAAAAAGGAGCAUAUCUGGACAUGAACUUAAAUUAUGUGCUUUGAAGUUUGUCCAUCCCUGUUGUUUUUGGUAUUUUCACCAUUUUUAUUUAGGCUCACAGCAAAUAGGGGCAAAGGCAACUGUGUCCUGACAAAAACACUGACACUACAGACUGAUCUAAACCUGCAGCGCAACAUACCUCUUGAUUAUCUAAACCAUUGACUGUGUUUUGCAGUGUUUUUGUUCUACUACCUUUCAUACACAUAGGGAGAAUUAUUGUUGGUAAAAAAUAAAAAUGCUGAAAAAAAAUAUUGAGAAAGUCAAAAAGAAAAUCAACAUAACUAGCUAUCAGAAAAGAUGCAUAUUUGUCUUGUUUUAAUGUAUUUUUUCUCCUACAGGUGUGUACAGGUGUUUGUGCAUGCAAUUUUAUUUACAUUUUUAGCACAAGAUACAUACUUUAAUAUUCUUUUGUGUUUAGUUUGUUGACUAUGGUGGUAGAACACUUUUCAGUGUGAUAAGACAUUGGGUUUUUGUAUACGAGGUCAUGUUAUUGCAUUUUUAUUUUCUGAGGGAAAUAGUCUUUUUAGUCACCCAAUAUUAAUUUAAAUCACAACCUGUCAAUGAAAUACCCAACUCCUCUUAAAAUCAUAUUAAGUAAAAUUCAUACAACCUUUACACGUGACUUUUUUGUAUGUAUAUAUUGGAACCAAUUUAGUGCCACUUAUUUGUAUCACUGUAUCAAUCUAAACAUUUUGGCAAAACUCCAAAAUAAACCAUGUUUUGUCUGUGAGAUGUAAGAGUUAUCCAGAAUUCAGGGACCUCAAGUUCCAGGAUAACGUUAUUAAUGUUUACACAUGCUGCAUAGUGUGGAGGGGAAUAUUUUGUGUUCCUUUUUAUUCGGGUGUUAGUGUGCUGAAUUUACAAAUCAUAUAAACUAUAUAAAAUAUCCCUCUUUUGAAAAUCCCAGAGAUCCAUGAAACCUUAGUUCAUAGCAUUUAUUUAACUAUAACUAGUUUAUAAUGUUUCACUUAUAUCCCAUAUAUACUUAGACAAAUUACCACAGAACUUUUGAAACUUUACUUUUCUGAUGAAGUUAUUUAAACCACAGUGAACUAACUGACAAAAGCCCAAUUUAUAACAGACUAGGUAUUAGAAUUAUAUGAGCACUCUGUUGCUUCCAGUUUGUUCCCAUAUUAAACAGCAUUACCAUU